UAUAGGUGGUGGUAAGCACUCAAACUAAGGAAAAGAUGCGAGUGAUGUCACAUCCGUAAACAAGUGUUAGCUUUAGCAAUGUUAUAGCUCGCUUUCUCUACUGCUCGUUCAACUAAUGUAUUCGUGUAAACAGAGAUGUCUGAAGAGGACACGUCAUGUGGGAACAAAGAAACAUCGAGUAAAGAAGACGAUUCUACGGCCAAAGAGUCUACGAAAGACAACGAUUUUAAACGAGUUUUGAAACAGGUGGGAAUUACGAGCACUGCCUUCAUUGGUCCAUCCUUUCAACCAGAGAACACACCCACGUCUGGUGUUGAGGACACGCUCACUGCAUUUUACAAGGAGAUUGAGGAGAUUUGUGAAAAGGCUGCUGAGGAAAAUGAUGCUCGUCUCCAAACAGCCCAAGCAUCUGAAGAAGCACAGGACACACCCGUGGAAGACACAGUCAGACUUUCAGAGAUUGAUUCUCCCCAACAGAGAAGUAGUGCACACAAAGAAGCACCCUGGUCCCAUUGGUAUAACAAUGAGCCCUACUAUAUUAGAAGGCCAAAAAACAUGAACUCUGACAGGUUUGCAUCUAAUCAGAAUCCUCCUCUUCCGCCACUAAACCAGCCAGAGCCCAGAUUGCACCGCCCUCCUUUUCCAAAUUACACCCACCCACCGCAGCACUGGUAUCCCACCAGUGACCCCCAUUACCAACCUCAGCCUCAGUUCCCAGCACCUGAAUGCCAUCUUUACCAACCUCAGCCUCAGCCUCAGUUCCCAGCACCUGAAUGCCACCAUUACCCACCUCAGCCUCAGCCUCGGUUCCCAGCACCUGAAUGCAACCCAGUCUAUCAGGACAGUCAUUGUGGCGGUUAUAGUUUUGAUGCUCGUGAUGACGUAAAUGCCAGGUGGUCCCGAGAUGCACCUGAAUUGCACUUUGAAGACAGACGCCAAACGUGGGAGCAGCCGCAUCACUCCGGACCACUCGAUGGGCCGUCCUUGGUGCUCAUCCUGAUGCGCGGCCUACCAGGCUCUGGCAAAUCCACAAUGGCAAGGGAGUUGCUCUCAACUGGUCCCAGUGGCUUAAUACUGAGCACAGACGACUACUUUGCGCAAAAUGAUGGAUAUCGCUACGAUCCAGGCCUUCUUGGCUCGGCACACGACUGGAACCAGAGAAGAGCUAGCGACGCUAUGCAUGACAGCCGCUCUCCUGUUAUCAUCGACAACACAAACCUGCAAGCCUGGGAGAUGAAGCCUUAUGUCAGAAUGGCCUUGCAGAGAGGAUACCGAGUGGACUUUUGUGAGCCCAACACCAGCUGGAAGUUUGAUCCCUUUGAGCUGGAGAAGAGGAACAAACACGGCGUGCCUCAGGAGAAGAUCGCAAAGAUGCUGGAUCGCUUUUUGUCCCCAGUUUCCAUUGACGACGUCUUGAGCUCGCAGGAGCCGCAUCAUGUCAACCAGCGGCGCCAAGAGCGAGCGCUCCCCUAGUGGAACAGUGGGAGCGUUUUUGAUCUCACGUUUCUACAUGGUUUUAAACCACUGAUUUGUACACUUAUAAAUAUAUUAAUUUUA